UCACAAAGCCCAGCCUCUACUUAGGAUCUGAAAACCGUUUUCGGUUUCGUUUAAAACGGGUUGUGUGUUCUCUCGCCGUUUGCAAAACCAUCACACACGUUUUCAGUUUUCCAAGCCCACGCCCACGCCCCACCGAGAAUCUCUGCUGAGGGAAGUUGCAUUGUUUCUCUGUUUAAACAUACAGAAGUAGUACUGCAAGAGGAAAUGGAAGGUAGUGGAGAUCAAGUUGCUGCAUUGUUAUUUUGGGGAGGUCAAGUAAUAAAGAAUGGAUAUCUCGGCUCCGUUGAUUACUCUGAGCCACCAAAAACGAUGUGUUUCUUGAGUCGAAGGGGCAACAGCUAUGCAGAGCUGGUUAGGAAAGUGCACAUGGCAAUGAACGGCGAUGACAGGGACAAAAUGUUUGACUUGUUUGGAAAGUACCCGACCACCCUUCCUGGAGGCAAAGUCCUGUUUGUUUCUAUCCCUCUGAUGGAUGAUCAAUCACUGGAGUGGUUUUUGGAUGUGGCUUCGCUUUCCCAGCCUAUUCAUGUGUACGCGGUU